UGGUCGAUUGAAUCGAACACAUGGAAUAUGGAAUAUGAAACGAAAACAUGCUAGCCAUCCAAUGCCAUUUUAACCUAAAAAAAAAGAAGUAAAAUAAUUGUAACUCAACUUAUGCAACGAUUAAACUACAAUUUGAUACAAUUGUUGAAUGUGAAGUUAUAUAGUGAUCACGUCUAUUAUUAAUCGACAAAAAAAACAAUAGCAAUUUGUUCAGUGAAUAUUAAAAAAUUAUCUGAGUACAAUAAAAAUGUCAUCGUGGAAAAAAGCGGCAAAGGCGGGCCAGAAAAUCCAUCGAGAACGUCAUCAGCCAGAAGAGCGCAAGCAUCUUGGGCUAUUGGAGAAAAAAAAGGACUGGAUUGCCAGAGCCCGGAAUUUUCAGGAGAAGCAAGCAACGAUCAAGCUUCUACGGAAACGCGCUCUGAACAAAAAUCCAGAUGAAUUUCAUUUUCAUAUGAUUAACUCUCAAUUAGUGAAUGGUGUUCAUAGAGAGAAGGAGAAGGCAGAUAAGCACACACCUGAACAGUUAAUGUUGAUGAAUACACAGGACAUCAGAUACAUAGCGUACAAGAGGAAUAUUGAAGCGAAGAAGAUAGACAAAAUGCAGAGCCAGUUGCACAUGCUCGAUGCAGUCAAUGAAAUACAGAAUCAACACACCUUCUUCGUGGAUGACGCUACAGAAAUAGAGAAUUUUGAUCUUGCCAAGAGAUUUGAUACACAUCCAGCACUUUUGUCCAGACGUUCCAAUCGACCAAGGUUAAGUGCGAUUAAAAAUAUGAAGCUGCCAGAAUUGGAUGACAAAACUAUUUCUAAAAUCGAGCAGAAAAAGCACAUGGCUUACAAAGAACUGGAGAAAAGGAUUCACAGAGAACGCGAGUUGACAAUCGUGCAACAAAAAUUGGAAAUGCGCAGGGCGUUGAAGGACAAAAAAAGCCAAAAGCCAAAAUUAGUAAAACCUGGUUCAAAAGAUGCUGCUCCUAUUUAUAAGUGGAAGUAUGAGAGGAAACGAUGACUUGUUUGUAUCGCAGUUCAUAGUAAUAAAGUGUUAUAUAAUUUUA